CAGGACCACCGGCCAAUCAGACCACUCUAUGAAGGACUGCCAAGGAAAAAGCGAAGCCAGCCCACCCAAUAGUGGCGUAACAGAGUUAGGUUCCGCCUCUCGGCCGUCCAGCCCGCUCGGCUAGGGAAGGAGCAAGAGCUCCUCAAGAUGCACUGCCUGACCACGCCCAUACUGCUGCGGGCCCUGGCCCAGGCUGGGCGCACAGGAUAUGUUAGUGGCCGGAGUCUGCACAGCAGUGCCAUGAUAGCAACCUACAAGUACGUGAAUAUGCAGGAGCCUCCAAUGGAUAUGAAGUCAGUGACUGACCGGGCAGCUCGGACUCUACUGUGGACUGAACUCAUCCGAGGCCUGGGCAUGACCCUGAGCUACCUGUUUCGGGAGCCAGCUACCAUCAACUACCCAUUCGAAAAAGGCCCGCUGAGCCCACGCUUCCGAGGGGAGCAUGCUCUGCGCCGUUACCCAUCUGGGGAGGAGCGCUGCAUCGCCUGCAAGCUUUGCGAGGCUAUCUGCCCUGCCCAGGCCAUCACCAUUGAGGCCGAGCCCAGGGCUGAUGGCAGCCGCCGGACCACCCGCUAUGACAUUGACAUGACCAAAUGCAUCUACUGUGGCUUCUGCCAGGAGGCCUGCCCUGUGGAUGCCAUCGUGGAGGGCCCCAACUUUGAGUUCUCCACCGAGACACAUGAGGAGCUGCUAUACAACAAGGAGAAGCUACUGAACAACGGGGACAAGUGGGAGGCCGAGAUCGCCGCCAACAUCCAGGCCGACUACCUCUACCGGUGAUGCGCCCAGCUCCUGCUCGGUGUCCGCAGCCCCAGCUGCCCAAUAAAAGCUCUGAGCCUCA